AUAGGUUUAUCCCGAAUAGGAGCCUGAUGGAUCUCGAUCAAGCUCAUGGCGUGUUGACGAACAGGUCGAAACAAGGGCCCCCAAGAAACAAUUCCCAUACUGAAUAUCGCCGAAAACUGGAAAAUCUCACUCUCGACCCUGAAGGAAGGCAGUUCCAAAUGCUUGUUUUCAGAGGUAGCCCUAAAUCAAGCCGAAGGCCGACCCACCUAAUAGACGAGAUGAGACGUAGUGAUGAGGAGAACCCUAUCCGUAAGCCCUUACGAGGGUUUCCUAAAAGAGAGUCCCGUAUCCUGGAUGCACCCAACUUGAAAAGGGAUUUCUAUCUCGAAACUAUUGAUUGGGGGAAAUCAAAUGUUUUAGCUGUUGCUCUAGGGGCAGAAGUGUACUUGUGGAAUGAGGAUGGUCGUGGGAUAGAGGUGUUGUCUGAAGUGGAUGGGACCGACUAUCCAGCCAGCGUGUCAUGGUACGAGGAAGCAAGUGUUGUGGCAGUAGGAUAUAAUUGCAACAGACUGCAUCUCUAUGAUGCCGAGUCUCUCAAGCUUGGGAGAUCCCUUGACUGUCACAAGGGAAGAGUGGGCUCUCUUGCAUGGAACGGUUACCUAUUAACGACAGGAAGCAAGGAUAGGGCCAUCAUCAGUCAUGAUGUGAGAGCUCGUAAUAGUGUGGUGUGUUAUGUUAAGGCGCACAAGAUGGAGGUUUGUGGCUUGAAAUGGUCGAACACAGGCAAGAUAUUAGCAAGUGGUGGAAAUGACAAUGUAGUUUACUUAUGGGACGUGCGCAAAAUGGGCGCAAGACAACAUUUGUACAGAUUUAACGAUCACAGUGGAGCUGUAAAGGCCCUUGCUUGGUGUCCUUACGAUGAUAACAUGCUCGCCUCUGGAGGUGGCACUUCUGAUGGCUCUAUCAAGAUGUGGAACACACAAAAGGGGACCUGCAUUAGUAGCACUAAAACUAAUGCACAGGCAAGUUUUGGUGAUUAUGCAAAUUGUGGAAUAUCUGUUUGUUAUUAUGAACAGGUAUGUGGCCUGGAAUGGAAUAUACAUCACAAAGAGAUAUUAAGUGGGCAUGGCUAUGGCUUUGAGCCGGGAAAUAACCGGUUAUGUUUGUGGAGGUACCCUUCAAUGUCUAAAAUUGGAGAAUCAGGUGUCCAUACAUCUCGAAUUCUCCACCUAUCACAGAGCCCUGAUGGUUUAACUGUGGCAUCAGCUGUAGCAGAUGAGACUCUUCGUCUCUGGGAGGUUUUUGGGCCUAAAUCCAAUAAUGAGAAGAUUACGUAUCUGGAAGGCCUUUUGUCAUUCAAGACCACACCACUUAGGUGAUUGAUAAUAAAUCAUUAGCAGCUAGUUAGGCGUUUAACCUUGCUGGAUUUACCUAUCAGCGAGUCAUUCUUUUCAGAUUUUCUGUUGAAUAGUCAGUAGUAUUCUUUGAGAUUCUCCCGUCCGAAAUGAAUGUAUGAACUAAUCCUCCGUUAAUAAUGUGAGUUCAGUAAGUUUGAAGCAAAUUGGUAUAGUUUUUCAGGACCUCAAUUUAACUAAUUUCUAUGAGUUUUAAGCAAGUUGGUACAAUUUUUCAGGACUUCAAUUUAACGUUGUAAAGUUGUGCUGUGACCGUUCCCUUUUACUGUAAUUUCGUGUCACAGUCAAGUCUCGAUAAUUUGCUGUGUGUAGACUUGGAGUAUGGUAAUAUGGCAUACAGUAUACAGGUGCUUUUGUGCAAG